GCCGGAGUGGGAGGAGUGGGACUAGGGGUGGGACUGGGAGGAGUAGGAGUGGGAGCAAGCCGGCGACAAGUGCAUCGGCCGGAGAGACGAGAUCGUUUGCCUCGCUCAAGAGCGCCACACCCAGCUGGCUCAAGGAGAAGCCUAGCAGAACGCGGCUGGCCAGCGAGGCUGCGCAACCAAGAGCAAACGCAGAGGGAAGCUGGAGGAGGGCGACGGCGAUCCUCCGAGACGACGGCGUGCUGGCCAUUCUCUCUGAAGAUCACGCCAUGGUCCACUCGAUCCUCACCCACGACCUGUGGGUCAGCGACAUUCGUUCCAUCGAUCCGAGCCUCUUUGCUCGACUGCAUGUCCUCGGCAUCUUUGCUCGUCCCUCGGGCUUUCACCAAGGGCUGAAAACCUCCUCUCUGGGCAGAGGUGGUGAUACCGACACAGGCGGCAUCGGGAUGGGAACAAGGGCAGGGGCAGGGGCAGGGGUAUGGACAGGGACAGGGACAGGGAUAGGGACAGGGACAGGUGCUGGAGCAGGAGCAGGAGCAGGAGCGGCAGCGGGAACGGCAGCGGGGACGGGUGCUGGAACAGGGGUAGGGACGGGAACAGGGGCAUGGGCAGGGGCAGGGGCAGGGGCAGGGGCAGGUGGCGCAGAAGGAGGGUCAACAGAGGCAGGCAUCGGUGGUGGUAUAAAUGCACCAAACAGCAGCAACCGAGCUUCGAUAGGCCGCGACGAGCCCAUCUACCUGAGCUUCAGCACAAGAAGGAAGCUCUGCGUGUGGAAGGACUUGCUGCGUUCUUUUGCAAGGCCCGAAAUAUAUGGUCCUGCCAAUCCUACUCCAAGGGAGGUCAAGGAAGCAAAGAGCGUAGAGGGCACCCAUCGCUUCUACCGGCAAAUCGACUUCAUGUUUCACGACAUCAAGCUGGCGCCCUCUUUGCUCGAUGCUGUCUCCUCUCAAGGCGUACCGUCGCUGCUCGAUCGGCACGCCAGCGCCGUCGAGGAGAUUGCCGAUGUCGCAGACGCAGAGUCGCUCAUCGAUGAUGGCGAUGCCACCGAAGCCAGCACCAGCGGCCGACCUUCGAUCGAUACCAUGAUGAAUGCUGCCACCGGCGAUGUUGUCUCGUCUGCUAUGAGGGAGGGUCCGUUUACAUCCGACGAAGGGGAGGAGGGAUCACGCGGCAACCAGCCGUGUAGCGAUACCGACUGCGACUCCGAUGAGAGCGACAUCGGAGCAUAUGCAACCGGCCCUAUCAGCGGCAUCUCAGGAGCUGACCGCAUGAAAGGGACUCGCUCGCAGGCAGAGGCUGAAGGAAAACGAGCAGACGAAUUCGCUUCGUCACCAUCCAAGAGAGGCGGCGAUGCUGGCUUUCCCAUCAUCAGCACCGGCAUUGCCAUGACUCCAAGCACCUACCACCUUCACCAUAACAGCCAGGCCUUCGCGAGUGCCACUUCCUCUGUGCAAUACCAGUGCUUGCUUCACCAUGGCGAGUACGUGGCCGCCCGCACGAGAUUUACCAAGGGCAAUGGCGAUGACUCUUGGCUCGAGCGAAUCUCGCUCACCGACCUGCCUCGGCUCGCAGACGUCCACAUUUCCGUCUGGAGGGCGACAAGAAACGGCAAACGAAGCCUCCUUGGCACAGUCGACAUCAACGUCGAGACGAUGAAGCGGGGAGAGGUGGUCCGAGGCUGCUUUCCCAUCUGGUCACACCCUCAACCCACUACACGCGACGAAGCUGACACCUCGACGACCUCGGUCGGCUUUUCCUCGUACGGUCGCGUCGUCGUCGGUGAGAUCAACCUGGAUGUGACGGUGAACGAGGAGGUGAUUCUGGCCCUCAACAAGUACGAGGACCUGGUCGAGUUCCUUCAUGGUCCGCAAUGGAUCCAAUUGAUGUGCGACUUGGGCAGGAUGCUUGAAGAGAGCAGGGUGGUCCAGCUUAUGGUACAAGUUUAUGCCAGUCAGGGUACCAUUGCCCGGCGUCUGGCCGAGCUAUGCGACGUUGAGGGACAGACGCUGGAGAAGCUCGACGAGGUUCAGCUUCUCUUCCGAGGCAACUCGCCUCUGAGCCGAGCCAUGGAGGCCUACCAGCGGACGUGCUGCCUUGACUGGCUAGAACAGUGCGUCGGACCUACGGUUCGCCGUGUCUGCAAAGAGAAGAUCUGGCUCGACGCAGAAACCAUGCCAGCGGCCGUCUCGUACGAAUCCAUCAGGGGUGCCAAUUCCGAGGAAGUCUUUGUUCAAAGGAGCCAGAUGGACACUCUGAAGCGCCUCUGCUCUGAGGUGUGGAGCGACAUCUAUUCCAGCCGGCAUUCUUGCCCAAUCGACUUGCGCAAUGCAUUGAGGAAGAUUCGAUCAACAGUAGACACCAAAUUUGUUGCCCAGAGACCGCCAGGGCCCGGCAUGCAGGCAGUCGGCGCCUUUGUCUUUCUCCGCCUCAUCUGCCCCUCGAUUCGAGCACCUCAGCUCUUUGGUCUCACGGCCGGAAAGCCCGACGAGGGCGCCGACCGGACACUUGGCUACCUUUCAAAAGUCAUGCUGGCCAUGGCAAACAAAAACCUCGACAAGGACAAGGACUCUUGGCUUGUCCAAGCGCGGGACUUUCUCAAUGCCACUGCGCACGAGUAUGAUGACUUCAUCGACGUUCUCUCCCUCGAUCGGCCUUCUCACCAGCGCACCUUGUCGAUGGUCAACCCCUCCAACACUCACUCCACGUCCGAUAGAGAACGGCUUUUUGGGGACGAGUCCGAUGUCGAAUUUCAGAGGUUUGCCGAAAGCAGAUUGCUGGGUCUCAGGAGGCUGCAUCGCGAGUCGAUUCCCCGACAGCCGCAGCACCUGGAUAAGGGUAUCGCCUUGGCCACGCUCGUCUCAUAUGCCGUUCGGAACGCUCAACUCGGCGACGAAUACGAGAGGAGAACUUCUUUCAACGACGGCGAGAAUGAGUUGGCAAUCCAUCAUCACAACGACGAUGAUGUCAACAAUGGCCGUUCCACGCCCAGCUUUCACUCUGGUGGGGCCGAAUCGGAAAGCGAGAUGAGAUUAAACCUCUUCAUGGAUCUCUGCUGCGACAUUGAAGAUUCGGCGGGCUACUAUAUCGACCGGGCUGGCUUCAAUCCUGCACCUAUGGAAAGAGGGGCAGAGAGAAGUCCCACCGGCCACCUCACCGUUGUCAAAUCGUCGAGGGCAUUUGCUGCGGCCAGGUCUGAUGUCGAAAUCAGUGCCAAUCUUCCGACGAGCAGAAAUGGGCGAAGGUUGCGGAGUGCCACUGUCUCCAUGCCUGGUACAUCGCCCGAAGAUAUGCUCGAAGAGCUGUCGAUGUCAAACCAAGCGAUGACAACAUCCAGGGACGUCCUCGCAAAGGAGCGACGCUCGCCGAAUGACGAAGACAUCGUCAGACGAAAGAUUUCUGAUCGAUUUUCGUGGCGACACUCGAGCGAUUUGUCAAAGUCGAGCUCCAAGCCGCAAUCUCACCAGGGUCAUGAUGGAAACGGGAGCAGAAGCAGCGCAGAAGAAGAAGAGGAGGAGGAGGAGGAGGAGGAGGAGGAAGAGGAAGAGGAUGGUGCGAAGGGUAGCAUGGAUCGAGGCCACGGCUUGAGGUUGGCGCAACAUCAGCGCGGACAGGAAGAGGAAAGCAAGCAAGUGAUGCGUAACAUCGAAGCCAUGAGAAGGGCGGGCGCGGCAGCAAACGAGAGGAAGAGGUGGUGGAAGAGAAAGUGACCCGAGUAGAUCUAUCUUUAGUAUUAUCAGAAAUCCUUGUUCCUUUGGCGAGGACAAGAACAACGCUGCGAUUGAGGAAUGGCCGACAUGACCUAUCUCUAGAUGUCAGCGCACACUAUCGAGUCUGCCGACCAUACAUCAAAGUUUGGCCUCACCCUAUCGAUAUGAAGCCCGCACCCCUGCCAAGUAGUCUUGCCGCAUUUAGAGCCUGGCAGAGAGAGAGAUAAUGACAAUGUCAGGACACAGGAGUGACGUCAUACCGCAAGGCUGAGAACGUUCCCUCACACUCCACAGCCCAGCAUGCGUCGACGAGCGCGUAGGACGAAACUGCUGUUGUCGCAGUCAUUGAUGUCGAGGGAGUGCUUGCCAGAUCUCACCUAUUUUUAAUCACGCGGGCGGAGGCUUCUUCACGUGAGAUAUCGACUA